AUGGCCGCAACCGUGGAUAUGAAGCUCUUGCGAGCCACCAAGUUCCCGCCCGAGUUCAAUCAAAAGGUCGACAUGCAGAAGGUCAACCUGCAGGUCAUGAAGAAAUGGAUAGCCAGCAAGAUCUCCGAGAUUCUUGGGUCCGAAGAUGAUGUCGUGACCGAGCUCUGCUUCAACCUCAUCGAGGGCACCCGCUUCCCCGAUAUCAAGUCCAUGCAGAUCCAGCUGACCGGAUUUCUCGAGAAGGAGACCGCGCCUUUUUGCAAAGACAUGUGGAAUCUCUUCUUGAGCGCCCAGUCGAGCCCCCAGGGCGUCCCCCAAGAGCUGCUCGAAGCCAAGAAACUCGAGCUUCUCCAAGAGAAGCUCGAGGCAGACAAGAUGGCCGAGGAAGCCCGCGUUCGCCGUGAGAACCAAGAGCGCCGAAGCCGCGACCUAACCGACACUCGAGACCACGUGGUGGUGAUCGAGCAUACGAGGAUCGCAGUCGGGCUUUUGGCCGCGGCCGAGAUCGAUCUUAUUCACCCCCACGCCGAGGCUCAUAUCGCAGCGACCGAGACCGAUACAUGCCGCAAGAACGCCGGGCCAACCCCCGUGGCCGGUCUCCUUCGCGCUCAGCGUCUCCCGACUCUAGGGGGUCCCCAAAUGGUUCCCGCUCCCGCUCUCGAUCUGCCUCGCGUAGUGGAGGCGGUGGUCGCAGUCGACGUUCUAGUAGAUCAAGUGGCAGCGGCCGCCGCGGCGGUCCCUCACGCAGGUCGCCUGCUCGUUAUCAGGAUAGCCGCAAGCGGUCCCGAUCCAGGGAUCGAGGCAACUAUAGACCUCGCAACGCGCGCCGCAGAAACACUUCCUCGCCGGAUAGUGCUUCGGACUCAGACGGAAGCAGGCGCUCUCCUUCAGCUAAGAGACGGCGUUACUCAGAGUCGCGUAGUCGAUCACGAACGCCUCUGCGUCGAGGCAAACGUCGCAGCCCUUCACUAUCGUCCGACUCCCGUUCACGAAGCCGCAGCCCAAGACGCCGGCCCGCCCGGGACCUCAUCAGCCGCAGUCCAUCACCGGACCGUUAUGGUAGACUGA